AUGGCAAUUACUACACACUGCCUCGGAUGUUCCUUUGAUUUGAAUGAGAUAUCCGAAACAAUCGUCCUCGCGGUCGAGCAGUCACCGGUUGCUAGACUUCUCCAAUCCGAAGAAAAACCUUUGGGUUAUGGAGAUAUCGCUUCGAAUCUGAAGGAGUCGCCAUUUGCCCGGUCGGAAGAAAGCGAUUUGCCGGAAUGUCACCCAGUAAGAGCGCCUAACAACCUCGCAUAA